CUCAUCUUACAAUGUUGUAUUCGACAGUAGAUUUCAAGAAAGAAGGAUUCGAACAUUCCAAAGCUACUUUAAUGUCAGUGGAAAUGCUUUUCUUAAGAAUGCUGAUGAUGAUAAUUAUGGGUUUUAUAUUAACUAUGGGUUUUCUAUUGGUUUAUUUUCGUAGAAAUCCCGAUUUGGAAUUCAAACAUGAACCAGCGUUCUUCACCGUGGCCUUGCUGACUGCUAUUCAUGGAAUUUCUAUCGUCGGAGUUUCUUGUUUUCAUACUUGCUUGGAAAUAUCUGAUUAUUUUGUAGAAAGAUUAAUAGAAAGCUACGAAAAAAAUUAUAAAUCAAUUUUUCAAGCAACUUAAAAUAAGUUUGUUUUUAGUUUGAAUUAUAAAAAUACUCUCAUCAGUAUGUUCAAAAUUGUUAACUCUUUAUUAUUUAUGAUAUAAUAAGUGUAAAUUUAUUAUAAAAAAAUAUUUAAAAAAUAAAUUGUGAUUUACAUUUCAGAUUUUUUUUCUAA